UCCUCUUGGUGGACCCCGGGUCCAUGCUUUCCGUGCUGCCCAUGCCGCUGAGGAGAGGCUUCUCAAGAACCUGUUUGCCCGCUACAACAAGCUGUCCCGGCCUGUGGCCAACACCUCCGAUGUGGUGCUGGUCCACUUUGGCCUCUCCAUCGCCCAGCUCAUUGACGUGGAUGAGAAGAACCAGAUGAUGACGACCAACGUCUGGGUGAAACAAGAGUGGAAUGAUUAUAAACUCCGCUGGAACCCAGAGGAGUACGAGAAUGUCACCUCCAUCCGCAUCCCGUCGGAAAUCAUCUGGAGGCCUGAUAUUGUGCUUUAUAACAACGCUGAUGGUGACUUUGCGGUGACCCACCUGACCAAGGCCCACCUGUUCUACGACGGACGAAUCAAGUGGAUGCCGCCGGCCAUCUACAAGUCCUCCUGCAGCAUUGAUGUCACCUUCUUCCCCUUCGACCAGCAGAACUGCAAGAUGAAGUUUGGCUCGUGGACUUACGACCGUGCCAAGAUCGACUUGAUCAGCAUAGCCAGUGAUGUGGACCAGAUGGACUACUGGGAGAGCGGCGAGUGGGUGAUCAUCAACGCUGUGGGCAAGUACAACACCAAGAAGUACGAGUGCUGCACCGAGAUCUACCCCGACAUCACCUAUUACUUCAUCAUCCGCAGGCUGCCGCUCUUCUACACCAUCAACCUGAUUAUACCAUGUCUGUUGAUCUCCUGUCUGACUGUCUUGGUCUUCUAUCUGCCCUCCCAGUGUGGCGAGAAGAUCACCCUGUGUAUCUCUGUGUUGCUGUCUCUCACCGUCUUCCUCUUGCUCAUUACCGAGAUCAUCCCGUCCACCUCGCUGGUCAUCCCGCUCAUCGGCGAGUACCUCCUCUUCACAAUGAUCUUUGUCACCCUAUCUAUCAUCAUCACCGUCUUUGUGCUCAACGUCCACCACCGCUCGCCGCGCACCCACGGCAUGCCGCACUGGGUGCGCCGGGUCUUCCUGGACCUGGUGCCUCGUGUGCUUUUCAUGAAACGGCCACCGGCCACCGCCAAGCAGAACUGCCGGAAGCUGAUUGAGAUGAUGCACCGGACCAGCUCCUCGACAGCAGCCAGUCAGUCGCAGUCAUUCUGGGCCGGGGUGGAAACGGGGCUAGGACAGAUUGGACAGUUGGGACACACAAUGCCUGCCACCCCCUCUGACAGCUCCAACAUCCUGGCCCUUUCCCCUUCACCAUCUCCCUCUCCUACCCAGGGCCUGCCCUUGGAGGAGCACCCCAUCAAGGCCCCCCAGCUCUUCUGCCGCUCCCCCUCCAGCCAGUACUCCAUCCUCCUUGAGGAGCCUGGCAAGCUCGGGAACACCACCUCCCCUUUGUCCUGCUCAACCCACACCUCCACUCCGUGCUCUUCCCCCCCGUCUCUGCCACUGGGUCCCCUGGGUCCAGUCCACUCUCUUCCCCGGGACGAGCCACAAAUACUGUCCCCCAAUGGGCGGAGCCACAGUGUAGAGCACGUGUUUGACCACCAGAGGGAGUCUAACUGGGAGCCCCCCCAAAGGGUCGGGCACCGCUGCCGCUCCCACAGCUUCCAGUACUGCUGCCUGCACGAGGAAGGGGGUGGGGUUGCUGGUGGUGGCAAGGGCCGAGAGGCUGUAGGUGAAGGAAGGCUAAAGAGACAGGUCCUGCUAGACCAACUAGCUAGAGCAUCCUCCACAGAGCCCACUGUUGACCUAGUGAUCCGGGAAACCAUGGUCCACAGAAUAUCCCCGUCGAUGAGGAGGGCCAUAGAGGGUGUGCAGUACAUCGCUGACCACCUCAGGGCAGAGGACGCCGACUUCUCAGUAAAGGAGGACUGGAAGUAUGUGGCCAUGGUCAUUGACAGGAUAUUUCUGUGGAUGUUUGUACUAGUGUGUAUACUGGGAACACUGGGACUAUUCCUUCCUCCUUGGCUGGCUGGAAUGAUCUAGAAACCUAGAUUCCAGACACAGUGAAACCGUGUGGAAGUCCGAUUCCGAGAGAGAUUAAAGACAAGCGACACAGAGUUACAAUGCAAAGUUACCUGUGAGUCUCUCUAGGCCAAUAUAUUUCUAGGUUUUCUAAUAGUGGUUGAUUUAUGGUAUUUUAUGCCUUUUUAGUUGAUUUUUAGAUUGAACGUGUAAGCCACUGUCUUUGUGGUUGCCAUUGCGCACAGGUUAUCAUGAGGUUAUUCACUAAGACAUGGAGGGGGUGUGUCUUUCAUUGACGCCACAGAGCAUAUGAAUUCUUUAUGAGGCCAAAAGGCUGACAGUGAAAACAUCCUUCAAAAUUCAAUUUUGACAUUGAGCUGCGUAGCCCAAGACCUCACCAAUGUAUUACGAAUUACUGCGCGCGCGCACACACACACCUACCUACCUCAGUGUCAGAGGUGACAUGGAAGGUUUCUGAUUCAUUAGCUUGAAAUGCUGAGACUUAAAUUAAUCAGUUUCAAUUAAAUGGAGGGUAAUGUAAAAAUGAAAAAAAGGAAUUUGUGGUUCAUCAGGAAAAAUCACACCCCAUCAGUUUGUUUCUGAUAUUUAGUUUUGCCUGAUGACAUAAAUUAUAUAUACACAAAAGUAUGUGGACACCCUUUCAAAUUAGUAGAUUCAGCUACUCCAGUUGCUGACAGGUGUAUACAAUUGAGCACACAGCCAUGCAAUCUCCAUUGACAAACACUGGCAGUAGAAUGGCCUUAUUGAAGAGCUCAGUGACUUUCAACGUGGCAUCAUCAUAGGAUGCCACCUUUCCAACAAGUCAGGUCGGCAAGUUUCUGCCCUGCUAGAGCUGCUCAACUGUAAGUGCUGUUAUUAUGAAGUGGAAACUGCUGAAGCACAUAAAUAUCAUCUGUCAUCAAUUGCAACACUCACUACUGAGUUCCAAACUGCCUCUGGAAGCAAUGGGAUCUUCAUGAAAUGGGUUUCCAUGGCCGAGCAGCCUCACUCAAACCUAAGAUCACCAUGCGCAAUGCCAAGCUUUGGCUGGAGUGGUGUGUCGUGACUUUACUCUCAUUAAUCUGAUGACUGUUAUUUAUCUAAUCAACUAACUAUGUUUAAUUGUUACCCUAUUAAAUGAAUAACGUAACAAUUUACUCAUUAGGAAUUUGGGGCAUCACGAGAGCGGUUGUUGAAAGAGUUACCAUCUCCCAAUUUAAACUUUACCUGUCACAUCCAUAAAACAGUCAACGUAUUAAUCAUAACCUUGUAUCAUAUCAUCAUUCUGAACAGUCGUAACCUCCUGCAUCUCCAAAAAACCCAGCCUUACUUAUGAUUCAGUACUGCACAAAUUGGUUUAAUUAUGUAUUUACUAGCUAACUAAAUGAUAACACAGGAUAAACAUACACAUUUAAUACAUUAGGAAAAGGUCCCUAGCAGACUGACACAACAUAUGGCUGCUUCUUACACAACAACAUGGAGAGGGAGAGAAAGAGACACUUAUCGUUGAUACAUUAUAGGAACUACUCUAACCAUAUACUUUGCACAUAAUCCGCCAGCAGUUUGGAGUAAGAAAUCAUGAAUGUAUUUACUUUUAUAUGCCUUCGUAUGCUGUGGAUCUCUGUCGGAACCAGCCUUCCUUAGGAAGGGUGUUGGGCCUUUCAGCGGGACGCUUGUAAGGUUCUGAUUGUCCAAAAGGGGUCUCCCCUCCCCUUUCUUCUACUGUUGUUCACUCUGGAAGAUGCUCCUUGGAAGAUGGGCUAGCCAGCCAUGUCGACGGUUCGCAUUGGUGAUGAUUAGUAGAAGAAGGUGAUUUGAGAAGAGUAGUAGAAUAGGAUGGUUUGAAGAGUAGUAGAAUGGUCCCACUUAAAAGGAGCUUUUCUAGUUACUUUCUUAGGACAGCUAUUCAGCUGUACCAGUGAUUGUCUGAGGGGAGUUCUCUUCUCCACCUUGUGUUGGUAUUCAGGGUUCAAACCACUUUACAUCUACAGCCUGGCGAUGUUCUGGUUCAUCCCUUUUAUACAAUCUGGUCCAAAGGGACGGUUCCAUCAGGCUGACACGCUCUCUGACCUCACUCGGGGUGUGGCUACUUACUGUGCAAAAAUUAUAGGAGACAAAUUAUUGCAUGGCUCCUAAAUUCACAUUCCUAUAUUAACAAAAAUGCAUUCAGCAUUUUUCAUAGUUCAUAUACAACGUAAAGGAUGGAGACUUCGUACAUGUAGUGUAUAUACUUUUAAAGUUACAAAAAUCCUUUAUAACACUUAAUGACAUCACAAAAUAACAAACCAUGUGAAAUUAUUAUUCUUUAGCUCACCUCUAGACCUCUCCCCAUGUUAGGAAUAUUUUUCCAGUAUUCGCUUUAGAACAUGUUAGAGUUUCAGUGGGAAAAAUCUCUGGAGACAAAGGUGUUAAUUUGGAGAGGGAUGUUCUCUGGAUCUCCUCUCCUUUAAUUUAUGACAGCUGUCAACCCCCACCAGCUCCCUCGUCCCUUCUGUGGGUGAGAGAGGGUCUGGAUACUGUCAUCCAUUGCCAAGCUGAUCUGAUCUGACCCAUUCGGAUCAUCACAGGACAGUAAUACUCACCGUCAUUGGACUCUGGAGCAGUGGAAAUGCGCUCUCCGGAGUGAUGAAUCACGCUUCACCAGCUGGCAGUCCAAUGGACGAAUCUGGGUUUGGCGGAUGCCAGAAGAACACUCCCUGCCCGAAUGUAUAGUGCCAACUGUAAAAUUUGGCGGAGGAAGAAUAAUGGUCUGGGCUCUUUUCCAUGGUUUGGACUCGGCCCAUUAGUUCCAGUGAAGGGAUAUAUUAACGCUACAGCAUACAAUGAAUGAAAUUUUAGACAAUUCUGUGCUUACAACUUUUUGGCAACAAUUUGGGGAAUGACCUUUCCUGUUUCAGCAUGACAAUGCCUCCGUGCAUGAAGCGAGGUCCAUACAGAAAUGGUUUGUCGAGAUCGGUGUGGAAGAACUUGACUGGCCUGAACAGAGCCCUGACCUCAACCCACAUCGAACACGUUUGGGAUGAAUUGGAAUGCCAACGGCGAGCCAGGCCUAAUCGCCUAAGAUCAGUGCCCGACCUCACUAAUGCUGCUGUGGCUGAAUGGAAGCAAUUUCCCGCAGCAAUGUUCCAACAUCUAGUGGAAAGCCUUCCCAGAAAAGUGGAGGCUUUUAUAGCAGCAAAGGGGGGACCAACUCCAUAUUAAUGCCCAUGAUUAUGGAAUGAAAUGUUUGACGAGCAGGUGUCCACGUACACUACAUUACCAAAAGUAUGUUCACCAUCCUAAGACAAUUAUAAUAAUCAGCAAUAGGGACUCACAGAUCAUAAUAAAGUUCACAAAUGUAUUUUACAACCUGAUGAAUCAACACAAUGUUGAUUACCUGUGUUUGGGUGAUGAGUGAAAUUGAUUCUCAAUUUGUUUCAGGAGCACGAUUUUAAUUAACCAUAUUUGCAGUCUCAGCUGUUAGAUCUUGAUUUUGAUGUUGGAACAAAAGGUAACUUGUCAAUGAAAAGUGCACAAAGUCUAUUUUUUUAUUAAACAUGGACAAUAGUUUUAUCGUUCAAAUCUUGGUUAAAUGUUGUUCACUGUAUGAUUUUGUAUUUCUCUUGUAACACUGCUAUUCAAAUGUAUCUCUAUUGAAUAACUACUGAGUUGUUACAUUGCGAUUUGAAACCCCUAUGGAUUUGAUGAACACAUUACUGGUUACCAGUAGCCUCAAAGACUGUGGGUCCAUAGUUUUCUGUCAAACAAAAGACUGUGAUAGAAGAACUAUAUGAUGUUGAAACACAAGUCAAUGUAAUACAGUGUGCCAAUGCAGUGACUGCAUCUGUUCAUGUAAUAUAGAUGGUGUGAAAUUUAAGACAUAUACAAAAGAGUUCAUUUUGGAGUUCAAGUGUUAAUCCACAAAACAACAAAUUGCAUAACUGGAGAGCAUUUAGAUUUGUAUUCAUCCAUAUGCUUGUUUGGUGUUUUCAUUGAUGGCUGAUAUGUCACAUGAUAUUGUCUUCCUUAUCAUUCCAGAAUGUAGUUUCUAUUCAACCCUUAACCAGCAGGAUUUAUUAGAGUUCUAUUUCAAAAAAAAUAAAGUAUUUGUUUGAAAGUU